GCUCUGUUGACUUGAGGUAGUCUUUUUCAUCUGACAGUGUCAACCACCUUGAAUCUGCAGCGAUGACCAAUCUACUAAUAUCUAUGGAGGCUGUGCGUAAAAUGUUCGAACGUUACGCUAAAAAAGAUGAAGAUGCCACGACCAUUUCCAAGGGAGAACUCAGAGCAUGGCUGCAGGCGGAGCUGCCAGGAUAUCUUCAGGUAUGGUCACACCAGGAUUAAUGACUGUUAGCUCAGAAAAUUGAGUAAAUUUUACAAUUCUAGGUAAAGUAAACCUCAAGCUUUAUAAGUUUUGAUAAAGUUAAAAAAAUCACAUCCAUUUGUUUCUCUCUUAACACAAAGUUAAAUGGAGUUAGAUUCAUUUCUGAUGCAAAAUGAACAGUUUUAAACUUUAAACAAAUUCCCACUUUAAGAAAUGUGUCUAGAAAUGAGACUUUUUAAGUUUCUGUGUUCUCAAUUUGUUAUUGUUCAAGCAAAAAAGACAGUGUAGUUUUGUUUUUGCAGGAUGCAGAAAAUGAACAAGAGAUCCAACACAGGGUGGACAAACUGAUGCAAAAUCUGGAUGAAGACAGAGACGGAGAGAUGAACUUCUUAGAAUUCAUCGAUUUUGUUAAUGAUCUGACUUUAGUACGCCAACCUGGACCCUGCCAGGACGCCAAGUGAUCA